AUGGAAGAGUUAAGAAAAUCAAUUAUCAAAUAAGAAGAAGAGAAGAUGAAUAAUAAAUUAACAUUAUUGGAAUAAUCAGUUGGAUAUCCAUUAAAUGAAUAUAUGAACUAAGAGUUUAUUAACAAAAUUCCAGAAGAUAGUUUUUUAUGGUAUAUUUUCUGAUAUUAGAUCUUAAAGGCAAGUUCUUUCCAAUAAGUAUUUAGUUAUGAAAGGAGAAAAACCAUCAAAACAAGAUAUUAGAGAACAUAAAUUAUAUGAAGAGAUUACAUUUCAUGAUUUUGUAAAUGAAUGUUUACAAGCUAUUAUGUUCUUUCAUUUAAUAAUUAUGGAUUUUAAACUUAAUUUAAGAAUCAUAACUGACUCCAUUCAAACUUUACAAUAGUAAAUAUAAAUUCUAAAAGAAUAUUAAUAAAUCAAGUUUGAUUAACCAAAUAGACUUUCAAUAAGUUAUACUAGACAUAAAAGUCUUAAAACAGAGAUAUUUAGAUAUUAUAAAAUCAAAUAUAAAGUAGCUAUGAAUUAAUAAGAAUAAAAAUCAAUUUAUUCAUAUGGAGAUGAUUUAACAUGUUCAUUUCCAAUAUUACCAGAAAGUAAUACUUUACAUUUUACUAUUCUUGGUAAAAGAAUAGAUGGAGGAGAUAAAUUUGAAAUUUUAAGCAAAAUAGAUAUGGGUUUAGAUGAAGUUCUUGUAUCAUUUGAUUUAAAAACAUAUUCAAAAGAAUUAAUUAAACCUUGUAUAUUAACAUUAGAUUAUAGAGAUGAAUCUUAAGAUGCUUUAUAUGAUGGUCCAAAUCCUAUAGAAUUAAGGUAAUCUAUAUCUAAAAUUAAGAUUUUAGUUACAAAUGCCUUGUGAAUAAAGAAUUUAAUUGAUGGAAGGAUUAUUAGAAAGAUAAAAGAAAGUAGAAGAUUAAUAUAGAGAAUAAAUGUAAUUAAAAAACAAUUCCAUUUAAUAAAUCAUAGAACCAUUUGAUGAUAUUAUUUAUAUAUAAGGAGAAGAUCUAAAACAUAGAAAUUCAACUGAAGACAGAGAAUUUUGUUCAGCAUGCUUAAUAUUUUGA